AUGACUCUGCAAUAUCUGCCGCUGUCAGUGAGGAAACAGUUGUGUACGGUUGUACUUCUCCUGGCCUGUGUUCGGGUUGCGGAAUUCUACCCCUCGGGAGCGGUGGGUGCCAGUUGUGGAAGUAUGACGCCUGUUCAUAGGUCUUACAGCAGUCAGGGAACAACCGCUCCCUACACCGUUACCGCGGACCGGGACAGCUUCAUGAAUGGAGACGAGAUUACAGUGACUUUGCGUGCAUCAUCAAGUGCGUUUACUGGCUUCAUGCUACAAGCUCGAGCAGUUGGUGGAACCACACCUGUCGGUUCUUUCUCUGUGAACACUGCUGAUGCACAGCUACUGACUUGCAACGGGCAGUCUGGUAGUGCAGUUUCACACACAUCAUCUUCACAAAAGACAACUAUUCAAAUCAAAUGGAAAGCACCCACAUCUGGAAACCUCCAAAACAUAGAAUUCAUGGGGACUUUUGUUAGAAGCUUCUCUGUCUUCUGGGUUGGUGUAAAAAGUGCACAGAUCCGUUACAAUGGCUCAAGCUCGGGAAACUCUGAAGUUUUGUCAUCUAACCUUGUUUCUUCCACUGGGUGUGGAGUCAGCAAGGUCUGCUUCAGCCAACCCAGCAACUGUGAUCCAGCAGUCACCACAAACUGCUACUUCGUAUCAGCUAUAAUGUCUGGAUCAGCAGUCCAGUAUGAGAUGUCUGGCCAGUCAGACGGCUACAUGGCCUUAGGCUUAUCGGACGAUCAGGAAAUGGGGAAUGAUGAUAUUUACAUAUGUGGUAAAAGCAGCAAUGGAAGUAUCCAAGUGCAACGUGCCCACUCUACUGGAACUGUAAUGCCAGACAUUCUCAGUUUGGGUGAUGUUUCAGACAUAAAAACGUCGGACAUGAAUGGUGUGAUCAGCUGCUCUUUCACAUCUCGUAAUCCCAUAACUACUGUAAGGAGUACCCGUUCUACACCCAGCUAUUUCAUCAUGUUAGCACGUGGGCCUACUGCUAACGGGGUUAUUCGGAUUCAUCCAGUGACACCAUUUGUCACUAGGACCAAAGUGGAUAUAUCAAGUCCACAGGUGGUUACAACACAGGGACUACCCAGCCGUGUGAAAGCGCAUGGCUCUCUGAUGCUAAUAGCAUGGAUGUUCACUGGCAGUUUGGGCAUGCUCAUAGCACGCUACAUGAAAGCAUUUCAUCGAGGUUCAGGAUGUUGUGGUAAAGACCUUUGGUUUGUGUGCCAUUUGACUCUGAUGAUAUUCACAGUCAUUGCAACCAGCAUUGGUUUUAUCAUUGCGUUUCCAAAUGGUCACUGGAGUGGGGAGGCUCACGAUGUGAUUGGUUGUUUGGUCAUUAUCCUUACCCUGGCUCAGCCUUUUAUUGCGAUUUUCCGGUGUGCGCCGCAGCACCAGUGGAGAUUUGUUUUCAACUGGGCACAUUGUUUUAUUGCUCUGGCUGUCAAAGGUCUUGCUGUGGCUGGUAUAUUUACAGGGUUGGGCAGGGUUGACCAUACUGAGGACCAGUGGUUGGUCAAAGUCAUGGGAGGUUAUGUUGGCUGGGAAGCUCUUCUUUAUGUUCUCCUGGACUUGCAGAAGCGUUGGGUAGACAAGGACCCCUCAGGCUCUGGGGUUUCUGAUCUGAAAAGCACUGAGACAAUUCUUCUGAUUGUGUACUUCCUGGGGAACUUUGCGUUCUUGGUUGCACUGCUUGUUGGAAUUGACUCCUCAUAG